GAAAUUAGGGCGCUCCAGCUUCUCUCAGGUUUGCUCUCCGGUACGUUCCUCCGCGCCCGAUCAUCCGUUUCGAUUCGGCAUUGCCAGUGAGUGGAGUCUCGCGAUGGAAGCUCCAGCUCCAGAAUCCUCGGAGGCCAAUGCCAGCGAGCAAGUGAUCGAGGAGGAGCAAGCGCCCAAGGCUGAGGAGGUUCCUGUGAUCACUCCGGAGGAACGGCUUUGGAGCGUUGUCAAGGCGAAUCCAGCGGAUUUUAAUGCGUGGACGGAGCUUAUCCAAGAAACCGAGAAGCAUGAUGAGAUUGAUCGCAUUCGUGUUUGCUACGAUACUUUCCUCGCGGAGUUUCCUCUUUGCUAUGGUUACUGGAAGAAGUAUGCUGACUUUGAGUUGCGGCUUGGCUCGCCAGAGAAGAUCAUCGAAGUUUACGAGCGAGCUGUGAAGGCUGUGGCUCAUUCCGUGGACAUUUGGGUGCACUACUGUGCCUACGCGACCGAGAAGUUUCCACCGGAAGAAGUCAUCAGGCUGUUUGAGCGAGGAGUUUCUUUGGUUGGGACGGACUACCUAUCGCAUAUCUUGUGGGACAAAUUUAUAGACUACGCAUUGGCCAGGCAAGACUAUAGCUUGCUCAUGCAAGUGCGCACGCGAAUUUUGGAAGUUCCUCUGCAGCAACUAGACCGGUAUUUUAUGAGUUUUAAGCAGUUCACAAACAACAGACAUUGGUUAGAUGUGAGAACAGAAGAGAAGCGGCAUUUGGCGGAAACACUUCCCAGAAAUGCGCACGAGUCUGAGAAGCUGAUAUCAGCGAAAGAGGCCAUUUAUAAGAAAACAAAGGAAUGGGACGCUAAAAUCAGGGACUUCGAGAACUCGAUUCGCAGGCCAUAUUUUCACGUCAAGUCUCUGGACGACGCGCAGCUUGCAAACUGGCACAAGUACCUGGAUUUCGUUGAGAAGGAAGCAGACAUGCAGAAGGUUGUGAAGCUUUUUGAGAGGUGCCUAAUUGCCUGUGCAAAUUAUCCCGAGUACUGGAUUCGGUAUGUCGAAUAUUUAGAAAAGCAGAACAAUCUGGAAAUGGCAAACGAUGCAUUGCACCGGGCGACCCAUAUAUUUGUCAAGAAAGUACCAGAUGUCCAUAUUUUUGCCGCCAGGUUUCAAGAGCGCACCGGUGAUGCUACUGCUGCUCGUAAAACUUAUAAAUACAUAAGCACGGAGCUCGUCCCGGGCCAUCUUGACGCGAUUGUAAAGGCGGCUCAUUUUGAAAUGCGUGAGGGAGACAAUGACGCUGCUUGUGGCGUCUUUGAGUCUGCAAUUGAAGUAGAGAAAGCCAAGGAGGAGUCUAAGACUCUAUCAUUACUAUAUGUCCAGUAUAAUCGUUUCCUCUGUCGGAUUGAUCGCAAGUCCAAAGCUAAGGAAGUUCUGGAAGCCGCCAUGGAAAUUCCUCUAACAAAGAUUGCUGUUGAGGCGGCGAUCUAUAACGAGUACCGUAGCGAAGUUAAACAACUGGAUAAACUGUCCUCUCUAAUCCAGCAGGCAACCAAGGCCGAGACAGGCUUAGCUCACACUGAUCGCGAAGAACUUUCAAGCUUACAUCUAGAGUUUGUAGACGCAUUUGGAGACAUCAACGCUGUCAUGGAAGCGGAAUACCGUCACGAAGGACUGUUCCCGUUCCGGAAAUCAUACAUUGAUUUUAAGAGGCGCCUGGCACACGACGCCAGCUUCAGCGAUCGAGCCAAGCUCUUAAAGAGCUCCCCCGCGGCAAUGCAAGCGUACGGGCAGCAACAGUGGGCCGCGGCCUACGGAGGCCAGAGCUAUCCUCAAAACUGGCAGCAACAGCAAGCUCCACAAACAGCACAGUGGAAUGCGUACGCUCAACAGGGUUAUGGCUAUGGUUCUUACACGGCAUAUGGCACUCAACAGGGCCAGGCAGCUUACAGUGCCUAUGGCACGUCUCAGGUCUUUUCAGAGACAUGAAUGGCUGGACAGGCACGGGCUCUGGUUCCGGCUCGUGGUAAAAUAGUUUCACCGAUUGGCUUGGAUUCAUUCUAGUGAGCAAGCAAAACUAUUGGUAUGCAUCGACUUUUCCUUCCUUUUAUUGCUGGACCGAAAACUUUGCUAUGUGUAGGACUCCGAGCUAAGUAUUAAUCCAAAACAAAACUUCGCUCA